AUGCCCCGCGCCGCGCCCGUGCUGGAUGAGCUCACGGAGGAGGUGGCGGACCCCAUCUCAGGCUGCUUCGGCUCGAUGCAGGAGGAGAACGGGCGUUUGAGGCGGGAGCAGAUGGUGAGGGAGGCGAGUGACCGGGCGGAGAGGGAGUUGAGGAGGGUGGAGGGCGAGUUGAGGAGGGUGGAGAGGGAGUUGGAGAGGGAGAAUGAGUUGAGGCGGGGUUUUGAGGAGGAGAGGAGGAGGGAGAGGAGGGCGGGUCGUGAGGACACCCGUCGCCGUGGCGAUUGA